AUGGCCCUGCGAAGCGUCAAGAAUCUCCUUCCUCUCUUGGACCGUGUCCUUGUUCAGAGAAUCAAGGCCGAAACUAAGACUGCCUCUGGUAUUUUCCUCCCCGAGAGCUCUGUCAAGGAGCUUAACGAAGGACGCGUACUGGCUGUUGGGCCCGGUGCCAUGGAUAAGAAAGGAAACAGAAUUGCCAUGAGUGUAGCCACCGGUGACAAAGUCUUGAUUCCCCAAUACGGCGGAAGUCCCGUGAAGAUUGGCGAGGAAGAAUUUACUUUGUUCCGUGACCAUGAACUCUUGGCAAAGAUCAAGGAAUGA